CUCAGGUCUCACUCUGGACCGACUGAAUCAGGAUCUGCUUCCUAAAAGGACACCUAGGCAGUACCCUUUUGAACUUAGUCUUAAAAAUGAAUCCAGUUGUUUCGCAGCCGAAAUAUGGUGCAGGGGGCACGGUGGCUAGUGACUGGCAAACCGGCGUGUUUGACUGCUUUGAUGACAUGGGGAUUUGCCUGUGUGGGACUUUCUUGCCGCUGUGCCUUUCGUGUCAGAUUGCCUCUGACAUGAACGAAUGCUGCAUGUGUGGAGCCAGCGUCGCCAUGAGGACCAUGUAUCGCACCCGAUACGGCAUCCCGGGGUCUAUUUGCAACGACUUCCUGUGGGUUAUGUGUUUCCCUCAUUGCACCCUUUGUCAACUCAAGCGUGAUAUUGAAAAAAGAAAAGCAAUGAAUGCGUUGUAAAAGAUGCUUGGUCAGAUUCACAGAGUAGUGAAAGAAAAUGCUGGAAUGAAAUACUGCAUCUAUUCAGCGCUGUCUCACCUCAAGCUUAGAAACUAACUCAGCUAAUCAUACAGUUUCAAAUGACUUCAAAACAUUUUUAAUUUUUGGCUUAUUUUGAAAGAAAUAUGUUUCCAGUGCCGCUCUCUCAGAUGACUGCCAUUAAAAAAUU